AUGGGCAUUACGGUGAUUGGUUCUUUGAACUACGAUUUGGACACAUUUACAGAUAGAUUACCUGAUGCAGGGGAGACUUUCAGGGCCAACCGCUUUGAAACUCAUGCAGGUGGUAAAGGAUUGAACCAGGCUGCGGCUAUUGGUAAACUAAGAGAACCUAGCAGUGACUACAGUGUUAGAAUGAUUGGGAAUGUUGGCGAUGACGCAUUUGGUAACCAAUUGAAAGACGUUUUGAAAGAUUACAAGGUAGACACUACAUAUGUCGGUACUUGUGCUGAAACUAGUACAGGUACGGCUACCAUAUUGAUAGAAGAGAAAGUAGGUGGUCAGAAUAGAAUAUUGAUUGUUGAAGGUGCUAACGGAAAAACUGUGUAUGAUAGCAAGCAAUUGAGUGAAUUUUUCCCUAAAGACAAUAAUAAUGAAGAAUAUGUAGUAUUCCAACAUGAAAUUCCAGACCCUAUAUCGAUAAUUAAAUGGAUACACGAGAACAGGCCAAGUUUCCAAAUCGUAUACAAUCCUUCACCAUUCAAGGCCAUGGACAGGGGAGAUUGGGUGUUGAUAGAUAUUCUAGUUGUGAAUGAAAUCGAAGGACUUCAAAUCCUAGAAACUAUAUUUGAUGAUCAUUUCGUCGAGCAAGUAAAAGUGCAAAUAAAUAACGAUUUCAUUGGUGAAUAUCGUAAAAUUUGUGAAAUAUUACAUAAAGCACUUAUUGACCAAAAUGGAAAAGGCACUGUGGUUAUGACUUUGGGUUCUAAAGGUGUGUUGUUUUGUUCACAUGAAAAACCUCAAGUGGAAUUCCUUCCAGCCGUUAAAGAUGUUUCUGUAAUUGACACCACUGGAGCUGGAGACACCUUUUUAGGUGCUUUGGUCACCCAAUUGUACCAAGGAGAGAAAUUGUCUACGGCUAUAAAUUUUUCUACUUUGGCAAGUUCGUUGACUAUUCAGAAAAAAGGUGCCGCUGAAAGCAUGCCAAUGUAUAAGGACGUUGAAAACGUUAUGUAA